AUGGUCUCGGUCAAACUUCAAGCAGCAAGUUCUCGUCCGCUGGCCAUUGCCAAGAACCUCCCAUCCACUUUGGAAUUUCCAGGAAAAACUCUGGAGACGAUCACUAUUGGAGAGAUCAAACAAGCCAUCGCGAAACAAUGUCCUCAGUUCUAUACGGAUAGACAACGGAUAACAGCAUCAGCUCCCGUAAAAACAACUGAUAAAAAUGCAAAGGUGGCCAGACCCAAAGCGUUAGCGGACAAAACAACUUUGCAAGAGGCAGGAUUAGACGCGUCGAGUAACACACUCUAUGUCAAGGAUCUCGGUACACAAGUCAGCUACCGAACGGUCUUUAUUGUUGAAUAUAUUGGUCCGCUCUUGAUCCAUCCAGUGGUAUAUCAUCUACCGAAGCUCAUCUACGGGAAAGACGUACAACAUAGCCAACUGCAAACUGUUGCAUACACGUUGGUCAUGCUUCACUUUCUCAAACGUGAGCUAGAGACGAUAUUUGUCCACCGGUUCUCCCAUGCGACCAUGCCCGUCGGAAAUCUCUUCCGAAACUCAGCUCACUACCACUUGUUGUCCGGUCUACUUUUGUCACUCGCACUUUAUGGGCCCUGGUACUCUCAAGGAUCGCUGUCCGCCAAACACACAUCUGCUGCUCCAAGUGUCCUCCUGGGGUGGGGCUGGCCGAGCAAUGACACCGCUAGUUUGUUAAAAUGGAUCAUCAUCUGGACUUUUGCGGAACUUUCCAACUUCCAUGCUCAUUUGACCCUACGCAACCUCCGCCCAGCCAAUAAUCCAACGGCCCGUGGGAUUCCGCGUGGUUACUUGUUUGAAUAUGUUUCAUGCCCGAAUUAUACAUUCGAGAUUUUGGCGUGGAUCGCAUUUACAUUCAUGACUAAAAGCUGGGCAUCUCUUAUUUUCAUCAUCGCUGGUACCACUCCCAUGGUUAUCUGGGCCAUCAAAAAACACAAGGCUUACCGGCGCGAAUUUGGAUCUGAAUAUCCUCGUAACCGAAAAAUCAUUGUCCCAUUCUUGUUCUGA